UUUGUUAUUUUUAUCGUAGUAAUUCUGCCGUGAAUAGUAACCUGUGCAUAUGGGUUUAGAGUAAUGGAAUGUGAACGGCUGGUUGAACCUGACAAUAUAUCUUCCUCGGGCGCACCAUUUCGCAGAGAAGCCGACGAAGAUGUCGGAGACUCUGGAAGCGAUACCAACUCCACCGCGUCGAGUGAUUACUCUGACGAGCUUGAGCCCGAAUGGCUGGAUGAGGUGCAGCGAAACGGCGAACUCUUCUACCUGGAGCUGAGCGAGGGAGAGGAGGAGGAGGCCAGGGCCCGUGCCUCGGCAGCCAAUCACGUGCGCUUCAGCGAGCAGGAGGCCGAGAUCAUCACCGAGGAAGGACGGCACCGGGGCGGUGGAGUUGGCGGCGGCGGUGAUGGGCGUGUGGGGUCAAAGGUCACUCCUCGACUCAAAAGACUUGCAGGGCUACUGCGCCGAAAGAGUAGCCGAAAAGCACGGAGUAUCCGGGGUGAAGGGAGUCCAUCUCGCCCCCCUCCCUCCAUCCUGAAGAACCAAGCGGUGGGGGCCAGGCAUACCGGUCAGCAGCAGCAGCAGCAGCAGAUCCUGAAGGAUGUGUGCGUCUACCUCAACCCCAAACGGCUAGCCGGCGCUCCUCACCUCCUGCCGGAGAGCGGCGGUCUCCUGGAGGCCCUGCUGGGAGUGGUGCAUCGCGGCGGGCGUGGCACGGGGGCACAGAGGCUCGCGGUCCACGGACUGGUGCCCAACAGCCCUGCCAGCAGGAGCGGCCACAUACUCAUUGGAGAUGUCAUUUUGGCCGUCGAUGAUGUGGAGGUGACGUCGGAGAACAUUGAGAGGAUUCUGUCCUGCAUACCUGGUCCCACUCAGGUGAGGCUGACUCUGGAGACGACGGCCCCGGGCGGCGGCGGUGGUGGCGGCUGCCCGUUUGUGGAGGACGAGGGGGUCCGAGGUCGUGGCUCGACGGCGACGGCGGCGGCGGCGGUCUCCCAGCUGGUGCGUCUGCUCUGGGGAGAGGACACGGUCGAGCUGCAGAUGGCCAUCUCCCACAUCCCCCACGCCAUCAUGUACCUGUCGCUGCGCCUGGACGCCGAGCCCACGCACGAGGAGCAGGAGAUCCUGUACCAGUACCCUGUGUCUGAGGCGUCCGCUCAGCUGAAGGGCGUGAGGGGCAUCUUCCUCACUCUGUGUGACAUGCUGGAGAAUGUCACCGGGGGACAGAUCAUCAGCUCCUCUCUCCUCCUGAAGAGGCAGCUGGUCCAUGUGGGCUACUGGAAGGAGGGAGACAACCUGCUGGUCAUCGGCUUACCUGCGGACAGAGUGCCGCUGAUCUACCUGCAGUCAGUGGUGGAGGGAGUGGUGCGUACACUCAGGGUCAUGUACGGAUCUCUGGACAGUGCGUUCUGUGAGGAGGACAACUCUCCACGGCUGGACCACUUCUUCUGCCUCUUCUUCCAGCAGCUCAUCCAGCCGUCCCGUUUGAUUGACAGCCCCGCCACCCCUGACGUCUCGGGGACCCUCUUCCUGGACGGCCUGCCUGCCGUGCGCUGGCUCACUCUUCCCCCAGAGAUCAAGGUGGAGGUAGACACAGUGCUGUCAGACUUUGAGGCAGCUGAUUUUGGAGACAUGUCGGAGGACUUCUAUGGCAUGAGACGUCUCUAUGUCACCCUGGGCUCCUGUCUGUUCUACAAGGGCUACCUGAUAGCGAACCACCUGCCGAAGGAGGACCUGCGCGACGUGUGCCUCUACUGCCAGCACUACAGCCUGCUGCCGCUGGCCAGCGAGCAGCGCGUGGGCCAGCUGGUCAUCUGGAGGGAGGUGUUCCCCCAGCGCCGCGCCAUGAGCUCCCCGCCGCUGGGCUACGCCGAGCCCCUCGGACGAUACUUCCUGCUCAUCGUGGGCCUGAGGCACCUGAUGCAGUGUGUGCUGCUGGAGGCGGGCGGUUGUGCAUCGCCCGUAGAGGGCGCUGUGGGGCCGGACUGUGUGUACGUGGACCAGGUCAAGGCCACGCUGCUGCAGCUGGAGGGCCUGGAGGCCGGCAUGGAGGAGCGUCUCAACGCCCCGCCCGCCCCCUGCCUCUCCUGCGCCGAUUGGUUCCUGCCCUCGGGGGCGGGGUUGGCGGGAGGGCAGGGUCAAGGUCAGACCGCCAGGGACCGCCUCCCGUCCAUCAGCCGAUUGGCCAACGCCCUGAGGCCCCUCCCCCCGCGCGCCCGCAGGCCGAGCCCCCAGCGGAGCCUGUCGGACAGCGGCAGCGAGGGUGGGCACGGGGACGUGGGCGGCGCCGUGAUGCCUCCCAGCCCCGGGUCCACGCCGGACUCGGCCCGCAAGACGCCGCCGGCCACCUCCUCGUCCGCGUUCGUCCGGCGGGACUCGCUUGGCUCGGGCGGAUCAGAUGGGAGCGGGGGCAGUGGGAGCCUCUUCAGGAUCCCCAAGCUGAAGCACCCAAACCCCUUCUACCUGGGUUCCCUGAGGAAGAGCCUGACUGAGAGAGAGACGGAGGAGAUGAACAGCACGCUGAAGCUGACGUCGGGUCUGGAGAACACCCUGUUCCAUUACGUGCUGAUGGAGAGUGUGCAGGGCGUGUUCAUCGCCCCGACGCACCGCGACAUGGCCCAGCUCAGCGGCACCAUCCACCCGCAGCUCAUACGCAACUUCCACCACUGCUGCAUGUCCAUCAGAGCAGCCUUCCAGCAAAGCCUGCCGCCCAGGGAGAGGCGGGAUGUGUCGCGGCAGCAUGGUGGUUUGGGCCCAGUGAAGGAGCAUGGGGUUCUGUUCCAGUGUAAACCUGAAAACUGGACCGACCAAAAGAAACCAGCACCCACCAUGACAUACUGGGUCAUUGGGCGAAUGCUUCUUGAACCCAUCCCUCAGGAGUUCUAUGUGUGUUUCCACGACUCUGUACCGGAGGUUCCCGUGGAGAUGGCCUUCAGACUAUCUUUUGGCCUUGCCUUAUGAUACUUCCUCCCACACACACACACACACACACACACACACACACACACACACACACACACACACACACACAAUUUCCCUCAUGGAUGGCCUUGCGAGUCUAAGGCCUGAUUGGACAGCAAUAGCACGUCAGAUCCGACUACCAGAAAACCAAUGCCUCACAUAGCCACCACACAAUCUCUGAGCAGGGCCGACGCUUUGAAUACAGAGCCAUGGACUUCAGUCAACCUCUACGUGUGAUGCAGGACAUCCCCAGACAUGCUAACAUCAUCUCUAGCUAAUGGUUUUAUGCCCUGGGUCAGAGUAUGGUUUUGGACAUUGUGUUCAACCAUUAAUUAGUUCUCAGGGUCCACUCUUGUCCUGUCCACACUGCCAAUGAUGACUAUUAUGGUAUAAAAACUACAGUUCUAAGUAUCCCUCUUAUUAGAACAGUAGCACAAUGGCAUGAACAACUAUAACUAUAUUGUUGGGCGUUUUUGCGAACGAUAGAAAUGUUGAGAGCCAACAUACACGAUCCAUCCGUGGAUUAUCAUAUUUAGUUAACAUUAACAGUGUGGACGGACCUUUGAGUAAGCAGAAAAAGCAUGCAUUCCAUUGAUGCUAAGGCCUUGAGAAUAAGGGUGGGAAUCACAGAAUAACUCAAUACUGUUACGAUUCUUUGCCCGCGAUUGCGAUCACAAUUCAGCAAUUCUGCAAUACUAAAAUAUAUUGCAAACGGUUAAUCUGUGAUGCAUCAUGACAUCUGUGUUCAAUUAAGAAGACGAAAAAGUGAAAAGCUGGAAUUUUGUAUAGGCACACUUGGUUGUUUUUGCCACCACAUAAGGAAGAAGUAGACUCUUGACCCAUGGUGAUCAGGUUCAUUGAAGUCUUAUGUUAGGUUAAGACACAGGGUGCCUCUCAUUCGUCUUCUAUAUAUCCUCCCUUCCUUCCUCGGUCCUCGUUCCCACUGAUCUACAUAAAGAAUGAUGGGGCGGCAACUAUGGGAUAGUCUAUCCAGUGCUAGUUAUAGAUCAGUGGGAACGAGUCUGGAGGACUGAGCAACGUGGAUCGAGGAGGGAUGUUGAGAGAGGCCAUAGUUGUAUGGAGGAGUUGUGGCAUCUGUACCAUACCAAAUGGUACCAAGUGCCCAUGGGGUCCUCUCCCGAUCCCACCCUACCCCUCUCUCCCACUCAUUCCUGGCCCUCUUCACUGUCCGGUCUGACUAAGGCCAAAAUAACAAAGAAAUACGCUUUAAAAAGACAUAAGUUGAUGUGAUUGCGUUUGUCCAGGAUGCCUGUCCAGAAGGAGUGAGAUAACACUAUGAAAUAAUCAUUUUAAAAUAAAGGAAUCCAGGGUCUGGAAAUCUUUCUGCUAAUCCUGCUGGUUAUGUUUACAUUUGUCAAUGCACGCUUCCUGGCAUUGCAAUCAGGGCAUCUUAUUGUUACUGUUUUGUUAGCAGGUAACUGUUUUCUGUCAUAUUCUAGGUCAGUGGAGUUUUUGUGGUACCAAUAGGACCGUGUAGCUAGACUAUUCAUACCGAAUUUUCAUGGGAAAAGCAAGUGUUCAGAGAGGUUGAAAAACCACUAAACCCUUUUUCUGCUACUAUGCAGGAAAUGGCUGCUACACGUCAUUUUGGAUCAUGUGGGUUGACUCUCCCCCCUCCUCCCCUGGAAUUGUGUUCCUUUGUUGUGGAUGUAAGAUUCUUUUCAGUAUGUGUGUGAGUCUGAAACAGAAAAAAAAUGUCAUAAAUAUAGCCUGUGUGUAGUGUACCAGUACAAAAGCUUAUUGUGAACUCAGCACAUUUUUCAUGGGAUUAUAGCCAAGUGCUGACACAUGUAGCCUGUGAGGUUCAACAGUAUGUUGAUCCCCUUUUCACACUCAAAAACAUUCGACUGCACACCAAAAUUCCAUUCAAUCAAGGAUGCGGAAAUAUACCCUGUCAUUAUACCAACUGCUUUGCCAUUGGGCGUUUUUUUUUGGUACAGUUUAAUCCAUGCCUCAACAGGACAGAGACUGGUGGCCAGUGAGAAACUGGCAUUUCAGUUGCCUUGCGUGGAGUAGAACUCCCAAUUGUAUGUUUCAAAGGGACUUAAGAGAUUUUUUUUUAUACUGUAUUUAAGAUGAAUAUUUUUUAUGAACUGUCAGAAAUUUGGAAAUUAAAAAAAAAAGAAAAAUGUUCUAA